ACCUCCACAGGAUGCCAGAGCUGGGGAAGAAAUCAGUUUCAGCGUUUAGCAAGAAGCCCAAAACGGCCGAGGCAGCGGUGGGCAGCUCUGCCUUAUUUGAAGCCGAGACCGAGCGGGCAGGCCUCAAGCUGCGCUGGCAGAAGGCAGGCAGCGACAUUGCGGCCAGUGACAAGUAUGUGCUGACGUCGGACGGCACCAGGCACACUCUGACCGUGCGGGAGGUGAGGCCUGACGACCAGGGGCAGUAUGCUGUCAUCGCAGGCUCUUCCAAGGUCAAGUUUGAGCUGAAGGUCAAAGAAGCAGAAAAGCCUGAUGUGGUUCCAGCCCCUCCAGAAGUACCUUUGCCCUCUGAGUCUCCUGGCCCUGGUGAUGCUCCCGCUACGGGGGCCAAAGGAUGCCCUCCAAACAGUGAAGCCCCCUCUGAAGCUGUUUCUGGUGACCCCAUUGGCCUCUUUGUGACCCGGCCCCAGGACGGCGAGGUGACUGUGGGGGACAGCAUCACCUUCUCAGCCCAGGUGGCCGGGGCCAGCCUCCUGAAGCCCCCCAUGGUCAAGUGGUUCAAGGGGAAGUGGAUGGACCUGAGCGGCAAAGUGGGGAAGAAUCUGCAGCUACAUGAUAGCUACGAUCGGGCCAGCAAGGUCUACCUCUUUGAGCUGCACAUCUCUGAGGUCCAGGCAGCCCACGCUGGUGGGUAUCGCUGUGAAGUUUCUACCAAGGACAAAUUUGACAGCUGCAACUUUAACCUCACGGUGCAUGAGGCCAUCGGUCCAGCCGACCUUGACCUUCGCUCAGCAUUUCGUCGCCCGAGCCUGCCUGGCAGCGUUCGUCGGACCAGUACAGAUGGUUAUGACGAUGGUGGGAGCCUGGAUUUUUCCUCCUUGCUGAAAAAGAGAGAUAGCUUCCUUCGGACGUCCAGGGACCCAAAGCUGGAGGCCCCAGCAGAGGAGGAUGUGUGGGAGAUCCUCAGGACGGCCCCUCCCUCGGAGUAUGAGCGAAUUGCCUUCCAGCAUGGUGUCACGGACCUCCGGGGCAUGCUAAAACGCCUCAAGGGCAUAAAGAAGGAGGAGAAGAAGAGCAUGGCAUUUGUGAAGAAGCUGGAGCCUGCCUACCAGGUUAACAAAGGGCAGAAGAUCCGGUUGGUAGUUGAAUUGUCUGACCCUGAUGCCGAGGUCAAAUGGCUGAAGAACGGGCAGGAAAUUCAUAUGAGUGGCAGCAAGUACAUCUUUGAGUCUGCUGGCAGCAAGCGCAUGCUGACCAUCAGCCAGUGUUCCCUGGCGGACGAUGCUGCUUACCAGUGCGUGGUGAACGGGGGCAAGUGCAGCACCGAGCUCUUUGUGAAAGAGCCCCCAGUGCUGAUCACGAGGGCCUUGGAGGACCAGAUGGUAACAGUUGGACAGCGGAUAGAAUUUGAGUGUGAAGUGUCCGAGGAGGGAGCACCUGUCAAAUGGUUGAAAGAUGGAGUGGAGCUGACCCGAGAGGAGACCUUCAAAUACCGCUUUAAGAAGGAUGGACGGAAGCACCACCUGAUCAUCAACGAAGCGACCCUGGAGGACAGCGGCCACUAUGCCAUCCGCACCAGUGGCGGCCAGGCCUUAGCAGAGCUCAUAGUGCAGGAGAAGACACUGGAGGUGUAUCAGAACAUCGCGGACCUGACAGUGGGGGCUCGGGACCAGGCCGUGUUCAAGUGCGAGGUGUCCGAUGAGAACGUGAGGGGAGUCUGGCUGAAGAACGGGAGGGAGCUGGUGCCCGACAGCCGCGUAAAGGUGUCCCACAUUGGCCGGGUCCAUAAGCUGACCAUUGAUGAUGUCACACCUGCUGAUGAAGCUGACUACAGUUUUGUGCCUGAAGGCUUUGCCUGUAACCUCUCAGCCAAGCUCCACUUCAUGGAGGUCAAAAUCGACUUUGUGCCCAGGCAAGAACCUCCCAAGAUCCACCUGGACUGCCCUGGACGCACCCCUGAUACAAUAGUGGUCGUGGCUGGGAACAAGCUACGUCUGGAUGUGCCCAUCUCUGGGGAUCCGGCACCGAAUGUCAUCUGGCAAAAGGCUGCACAGGGAAGCAAAGGCCUGGGUGAGACCCCAGACGCUUCCAGUGAUACCAGUGACAGCAACGAGUGGGUGUUUGAGAGGAAGCUGCUGUGUGACACCGAGGGUCGGGUACGCGUGGAGACCCACAAGGACCGUAGCAUCUUCACGGUGGAAGGGGCUGAGAAGGAGGAUGAGGGUGUCUACAUUGUGACAGUGAAGAACCCGGUGGGCGAAGACCAGGUCAACAUCACUGUCAAGGUCAUCGAUGUCCCUGACCCACCCGCGGCCCCAAGGAUUAGCAAUGUAGGAGAAGACUCCUGCAGUGUGCAUUGGCAGCCCCCAGACUAUGACGGCGGACAGCCUAUCCUAGGCUAUAUCUUGGAGAGGAAGAAAAAGAAGAGUUACCGGUGGAUGCGGUUGAAUUUUGACCUCCUCCGGGAGCUGAGCCAUGAGGCCAAGCGCAUGAUCGAGGGGGUGGUGUAUGAGAUGCGCGUCUACGCAGUCAAUGCUAUUGGCAUGUCACGGCCCAGCCCCGCCUCCCAGCCCUUCAUGCCCAUAGGCCCUCCCAGUGAGCCCACCCACCUGGGCAUAGAGGAUGUCUCUGACAGCACUGUCUCCCUCAAAUGGCGGCCCCCAGAGCGCGUUGGGGCUGGAGGGCUGGAUGGUUACAGUGUGGAAUACUGCAGAGAGGGAUCCUCCGAGUGGGUAAGCGCCUUGCAGGGUCUAACGGACUGCACAUCGCUGCUGGUGAAGGAGCUUCCCACGGGGGCCAGGCUGCUCUUCCGAGUACGGGCACACAACCUGGCUGGGCCUGGUGCCCCUGCCACCACCAAGGAGCCCAUCACCGUGCAGGAGAUCUUAGAGCGUCCCAGGCUCCGGCUGCCUCGGCACCUGCGCCAGACCGUGCAGAGAAAAGUGGGCGAACCUGUGAAUAUCCUUAUCCCUUUCCAGGGGAAGCCUCGGCCCCAGGUCACUUGGAGCAAGGAGGGGCAACCACUGGCUGGAAACGACGUUAGCAUUCGCAACAGCCCAACAGACACCAUCCUGUUCAUCCGAGCCGCCCGCAGGGACCACUCAGGCACUUACCAGGUGGCCGUGCAGAUCGAGAACAUGGAGGACAAAGCCAUUUUGGUCCUGCAGAUUGUUGACAAACCAAGCCCCCCCCAAGAGGUGCGAGUCACUGAAACCUGGGGCUUCAAUGUGGCCCUGGAGUGGAAACCCCCCCAGGAUGAUGGCAACACAGAACUCUGGGGAUACAUGGUGCAGAAAGCUGACAAGAAGACCAUGGAAUGGUUCACAGUACUGGAGCACUACAGGCAGACUCACUGUGUGGUAUCCGAGCUCGUCAUGGGUAAUAACUACUACUUCCGGGUCUUCAGCCAAAACAUGGUGGGCGCCAGUGAGAAAGCAGCCACCACGAAGGAGCCAGUCUUCAUCCCCAAAAUAGCAGGUCUCACAUACCAGCCCCCUACAUAUAAGAAACUCGAGUAUUCUGAGGCUCCAAGCUUCACCCAGCCCCUGGUGAACCGCUCAGUUAUUGCAGGCUACAACGCAGUCCUCUGUUGCGCUGUCCGAGGAAGUCCUAAGCCCAAGAUCUCCUGGUUCAAGAAUGGGCUGAAUCUGGGUGAGAAUGCUCGUUUCCGUAUGUUCAGCAAGCAGGGGGUACUGACUCUGGAAAUCCGAAAACCCUGCCCCUUUGAUGCGGGUGCUUAUGUCUGUCGGGCCAUCAACGCCCAGGGGGAAGCACAGUGUGAGUGCCGUCUGGAGGUGCGAGUGCCUCAGUAACCAGGCUGGAGACUCCAGAAAAGCCAGGUGCAAUCAGGACCCUAGCCCUGACCUUGGAGGAAACCAGUCUUUCUGCUGUGGUGUUUGUGUGUGUGUAUAUGUGUGUGCUGGGGG